AUGUUGACUGAGCAUAUGAAGUUUACUAUCGAUUCUUCUGUUUCUCAGCCAUAUUCUCCUUUUGUAAUCAACAGUGAGAAUGACAUUUGUGAAAAUCACUUUGUUGAAACAUGUGUUUCACAAAAUCACAUUGAUAGGAAUCUAAUUCUGCCAACUGACUGCAGAGGUAAAAAUGUUUGCUUUCCUCCAGAAAAUGCUGGAGGAAUUCAUUAUACCUCUGAUUCUACUGACAAUCAUUGUUUGCUCGCAAUGAAUUCAUCUUUAAUCAAUCUGUCUGAUGUUCAGCCUGCUGGUUCAUCACAAGUGAACUGCAAUGAGCAAUCAUUUGUUAUAGAAAAUCAGUUUCAGAGUGAGCAAGUCACAAACCUUAAAGGGAGAAAUGGUUAUUCUGAAAUAUCAAAUCUAGGCAUGCAACUAACUAAUUAUACUCCUCCCCUCUUUGUGAAUAGGCAUAUACCUAUAAUAGGUAGUACUCCAGUUAUAUCUUAUGAUAACAGGCCUCUUGAAUAUUCUGAGAUAUAUGCUGGAGAGCUGAUAAAUAAGAAAGAAUAUAGAACGCAGGCCUACUUUAGAUGGAAAAAGAAAAGAUUGAGAGCAAAGUCUAGAUCAAUUGCUUCUACAAAUAUACCUGAAAAGCAAACAAGCACCACAAUUGUUAAUGAGUGUUCCUCAGUUGUUGAUGUUCAGCGUAGUUCUCGAUGUCGUUCGAAGCAUCACAGAUCAUCUCCCACAAAAACUCAGCCAGGCCUAGAUUCGAGCAAUGGUCAUAAUAAUAAUUUACAGUUAUAUUUCAAUGACUUUGAAACUGAAGUAAACAAUCGGUUAGCAGCUUGUCCUAGACUAUCUGAAACUGUAAUUAGGAAAAUUAUGCAAGUUCUUGAGGCUAAUCCAUAUGCAAAAUUUUUUAGAAAUUUGAGAGAGAUACCUAAUUUAGAUAACUACUACAUUGUGUUAAAAACUCUACCUGGUGUUGAUCAAAGAGUCUAUAAUAGACCAACAACUUCACAAGUUGCAGCCUUGUGGGUUGAGGGGCAACAAAAUGGAGAGACCAGCAGGCGUGAUAUUAGAGUUCAUACCCAUAGUGGUACUUCAAAAAAUAUACAAUACUAUUAUGGAUGUUAUGAUCCACUCCAAUAUUCAAUACUUUUUCCUUUUGGUGAUCUUGGCUGGCACCAAGGAAUACCAAAGAAAGAAGCAAAAGUAAAUGGAAGAAAGGGGAAAAAAAACCAACCUGUAGCAGAUUUGAUUUCCCCUGAAAAUGCUGCUACAGCAGAACAACUAAUCCAAAAUGAAGAACAUGCAAUGGAAAACAUACAUGACGACCCAAAUUUUGUGUCCCUUCGAGAAUAUUAUUGUUAUAAACUUCAGAUUAGGGACACUGAUGAAUCUUGGUUAUUACAUUUUGCUCGCCUCCUACAACAAUAUAUUGUUGAUCAAUAUGUGAAGUUUGAGAUGCAAAGGCUCGACUUCUAUAGAUUACAACAAGAGGAAAUUAGGAGAGAGUUCUUGAAAGGCAUAAUAGAUGCUUUAGGAUCAGGUGAGAGUCAAGUAUAUAAUGUUGGCCAGCAUAUCAUAUUACCACCAUCCUUUAUUGGAGGGCCAAGAAAUAUGAGACGUAAAUACAUGGAUGCAAUGACAUUAGUACAAAAGUAUGGUAAACCAGAUAUAUUUCUGACCAUGACUUGCAAUCCUAAUUGGCCAGAAAUAAAAGAGCACUUAAUAGACAAAGAAGAGGCACAAAACAGACCAGAUUUGCUUGCUAGAGUAUUUCAUGCUAAGUUAGAACAGCUUAAAGAUGAACUUCUGAAAAAAUGCAUCUUUGGUGAAGUGUCAGCUUAUACUUAUGUCAUUGAAUACCAAAAAUGUGGACUGCCACAUGCACACUUUUUGCUAAUUUUAAAGUCGAAAUUCAAGAUGUAUACCCCUGAAGAAUAUGAUAAAAUUGUCUGUGCUGAGAUAUCAAAUAAAGAGAAAAAUGAACAUUUAUAUAAUUUGGUCAUUAAACAUAUGCUUCAUGGACCAUGUGGUUCACUUGAUCCGACAAGUGUAUGCAUGAGAAAAAAUAGAACUUGCAAGAAUAAUUUCCUUAAAAAUUUCUGUGAGGAAACUAUCCAAACUCUUAAUGCAUAUCCUGAAUAUCGAAGGAGAGAUGAUGGAGUUCAAAUUAAGAUUAAAUCAGCUCUUUUAGAUAACAGAUGGGUUGUACCAUACAAUCCAUAUCUUUUGGCUAAAUUUGAUUGCCAUCUUAAUGUUGAAAUAUGCUCUACAAUUAAGACAGUCAAGUACAUUUACAAGUAUAUCUAUAAAGGUCAUGAUAGAACUAACUUCUGUGUAGUAAAUAAUAAAUCUGAUUUAGAAAUUGAUGAAAUUAAACAAUAUGUAUCAGCUAGGACAGAUAAAGCAGCUCAAGAUCUAAAUUGUACUUAUGUAGACUUUCCUGAUCAUUUUGUCUGGUUACCUAAGCAAAAAUACUGGAAAUUGGGAGAAAGAGGUGAAUCAAUAGGUCGAAUAAUGAUUGAUCAUCCUUCUGAAGGAGAACGAUACUACUUGAGAUUACUCUUAUCAAAGGUUCGAUGUCCAACUUCAUUUGAUGACUUAAGAACCUUUAAUGGAGUUCAAGUAGAAACGUUCCAAGAGGCAACAUUAAUUCGAGGCUUGUUACAAAAUGAUAACAGCCAAGAAAUUUGUUUACAAGAAACCUCACUUUUCCAUAUGCCCUACGAAAUGAGGCGACUUUUUGCAACACUUUUGGUUUAUUCUUGCCCUAAUGACCCAAAGGCAUUGUGGCAAAAUUUUGAAUCUUCUAUGUCAGAAGAUUUUGCCAAAUGUUCAGCAAUGACAUCUGCACAAGUGAAAAGAAAUGUCUUGCAACAAAUUGAUGAAUUUUUGCAAUCCAUGGGAAAAAGUAUACAUUCAUAUAAUUUGAUUCUCGCUGGAUUCUCUUAUGAAAAUAUAGAGAAUGAAACUCAAGAAUUAAGAGCAGAAAGAAACAUUGUCAUUUCAGAAACUGACUUACAUUCAAUUGAGCUACUCAAUGAAAAACAGAAAAAAGCAUUCGUAGUCAUAUCUGAGAGAAUUUACUCAGAUAGACCUGGUGUUUUUUUCAUUGACGGUCCAGGUGGUACUGGAAAAACAUUUCUGUAUAAAGCUUUGUUAGCUAAUGUUAGAUCUAAAGGCUAUCUUGCUCUUGCUACAGCUACAUCAGGAAUUGCAGCUUCCAUUUUACCAGGUAGAAGGACUGUACAUUCCAGAUUUAAAAUUCCAAUAGAUAUCUUUGGUGGUGCAACAUGUCGGGUCAGUAAACAAACUUCUUUAGCUGCAAUGAUCAAAGAAGCAAAACUCAUAAUUUGGGAUAAAGCACCAAUGUCUAAAAAGGCAGCAAUUGAAGCUUUAGAUGAUCUCUUAAGAGAUUUAAUGAAUUCAGAAGAAAUAUUUGGGGGAAAGGUAGUUGUACUUGGUGGAGAUUUUAGACAAACAUUGCCAGUUGUUAGAAAGGGAACAAAAGCUGAAAUGAUAAAUGCAUGUUUGAUAACUUCUCCAUUAUGGCACAAAUUAGAGAAAUUGCAAUUAACACAGAACAUGAGAGCAAAAUUAGAUCCUUUAUUCACGCAGUUUCUUUUAAAAAUUGGAGAUGGAACACAUGAAACAAAUGAGAAUGACAUAAUAAAACUUCCAUCUUCAAUCUGA